GCCAUACGUUAAUUAAUUAAAAUAUAAAAGCGGCAGGUUGUUUUCUUGGAAUCAGUGCUUGCGGUCAAAUCAAAUGAGCCUGACUACAGGAUCCGUAUAUAUAGUUUCACUUUAAGUUAACUGUAUUUCUCAGGAAAUGUUGCAUGCCGGCAUCAGGCUGAGCACCGUGCUCGCGAUAGUCAGCGUGGUGCUGACGAAUCCGCCACCAAUUGACGUGCACGUACCGGUUAGACUUUCGAGCACCAGUCGUUUCCUAAUGACCGGUUUAGGCAUGCCGCUAACCAAUGAGAAUGUGCCCAGAGAAGAACUGGAUCCGAAUUAUUGGCGCAACUCGGCGAAUGAAGAGUUGCAGAAACGUCUCAACAACAAGCUAAAUACCAACAAAGCCAAGAAUGUCAUCUUCUUCCUCGGUGAUGGCAUGUCUCUAACCACAGUGGCUGCGGCGCGUAUACUUAACGGACAGCGUGAAGGUAAACCGGGCGAGGAAUCACAACUGAGCUUUGAGAAAUUUCCCUACACCGGUUUGAGCAGAACUUACUGUACUAACGCUCAAGUAGCCGAUUCGGCUUGCACCUCGACUGCUUACCUCACAGGCGUUAAAACCAAUAUUCUGUUUUUGGGCCUUAGCCCAAAUGUCGAUUUCAAUGACUGCAAAGCAUCCAUGGAUCCAGCUAAUGAUCUUACAUCUCUCUACGAUUGGGCACAGGCCGCUGGUAAAUCUACCGGUUUCAUCACUACAACCACGUUGACACAUGCCAGUCCCAGUGGCGGUUAUGCGCACGUCUCGAAUCGUUUGUGGGAAUGUGAUACCGAUGUACGCACUUAUCUCGGUGAUGAUUACACAUCAGAUUGCAAUGAUAUUGCCACACAGCUGGUUACUGAAGA